CUGAGACACCAAUCUCUCUCUCAAGCCCCAAGGGUUUCAUUUUCAACAGGUUUUUGGGCUUCUCUCUUCUAUCUCAAUCCCUCGGAUUUAUUUACCGAAUCUGCCACCAAUGCGAUUCUGAACCACCCACCGCUUCAUCCGGCUCCAAUAAUCUUAGAAAUGGGUUCAUUUGCGGGUACUUCUGAAAUUGUUGAAGCGACAGACGAGCCCAGCUCAGGUCAAUAUUCUCGUGCGACAUAUCGACCGAAUUCGGGGUUUGGUGAGAAUGAUAAGAAGCUUCCUGCACUUAAACUAGGGUCAUCCAGAGAUUCUAUAGAAGAUGAUAUUAAUAAGCUUUUUGCGGCAAUCCAUCUCAAAACUUCAUCCAAGGGUUCAGAUCAUUCAAAGCAAAUAGCCACUAGCCCUUUGAACAAGAGUGCCUUAAAAAAGCCAAUUACAGUGGGUGUGUCUCACUCACCAAGGAUUGGGACUUCUGAGCCAGCAACUCUAAAGCAGGCAUUAAGGGAGCUGUCUAUUACCAAGGCAUCAGAAAUGGCUGCUAUGAAACGGUUAACAAAGUUAACAAGUCCUUCAAGAGCCUCUGAAGCUGGGAGGAUCAAGACAUUGUACAAUGCGGUUGUUGUUCAAGCCACUCAAUGCGGUCCUUCCUCACAUGAAGACAGGGGAAAUGUAGUUGAAAUCUCUCUGGUCCCGGAAGAAAGCACAUCAUAUUCACGUGAGAAGAUGCCUGAGCAUCCUCCAAUGCCCAAGACGAAGUCAUCAAGCCAGACUGCACAUUCUUCUCCUCGAUUUGUAAAUGGGACAACAAAAAAUAGUGCUGGGUGCACAGCAGUACAAAAUGAAAGUGGUUCCACGGUGAGGACGGUUGGGGUACAAACAAUAAAGUCGGAGCUGGGUCUAGAAAAUGAAAAUGAAUCUGGUAGCGAGCUUAUUUCUGAAGUUGCUGAAAAUGCACCUGUAAAAGCUGUUUUGAAGACAACAUUAAAGGCAGAGCUGGGGAAGAAAGUGAAACGAAAGUCCACAAAGGAAAACAAUUCAGUUUCUUAUAGAAAUAGUCCUACCAAAACCAAGUUAGUAAAUAAGGUUUCAGCAGCAAAAGCGGGCCGAAAAGUCAAGGUGCAUGGAGUGCCUUCUUCAUCUAGCUUUGUCAAUGGAAAUGUGGCAAGCAAGUUUUCCAGAAACACACUCCGCAGUAUCAAACCAUCCAGCAGGAAUAAAAGUAUUGUUAAGAAGAAGCAAAACCAAGAUUCAGUUUCUCCUGCCUGCAAGUCUAAUAAGGGUAAUGGAGCUGAUGCCGAUAUCGAUCCAUGUACAAGUCAGCUGGUCUGUGAGAGAUGCCAUAUUGCCUUAAAAGGUGCAGGAAAACAAUACAAUCAAGCUUUGGAAACCCCCACUCUUGCUGCUGAAAUAAGCUCAAGCAAUGUACAGUCCACUCCAAGUAAACCAGGCUUCACCGUAGACAGCUGUAAGACUGGUAGUAGAGGUGGAGGUGAUGUCGUGAAAGCAAAUAAGAACCCAAAAUCAAAAGGAACAGGGGAGUUCUCCCAAAGCUCAAAAAGUAGCCAAGGUGAGUAUAGUAGUAGUACAAGUUUGAGUGAUGAGAGUAAUUUAAGUAGGACUAGUUGUAGCAAUAAACCUCACAUGUCGAAGGAUGUGAGGUGGGAAGCCAUCCGUCAUGUUCGGAUGCAGCAUGGAGCCCUGGGCUUGAAACACUUCAAUCUUUUGAAGAAGCUUGGUUGUGGAGACAUUGGAACUGUAUAUCUUGCUGAGCUAAUCAGUACAAACUGCCUUUUUGCCAUAAAGGUAAUGGACAAUGAGUUCUUGUCAAGAAGGAAGAAGAUGCCAAGGGCUCACACAGAAAGUGAAAUACUGAGGAUGCUUGAUCAUCCUUUUCUCCCUACAUUAUAUUCCCAGUUUACAUCAGAUAAUCUUUCAUGUUUAGUAAUGGAGUAUUGUCCUGGGGGAGACCUUCAUGUCCUCCGGCAGAAGCAGGUCGGAAGGUGUUUUUCUGAAGCAGCUACAAGGUUUUAUGUGGCUGAAGUCCUCCUCGCUUUGGAGUACUUGCACAUGCUUGGUAUAGUUUAUCGGGAUCUGAAGCCAGAAAACAUUCUUGUCCGGGAAGAUGGUCACAUUAUGCUCACAGAUUUUGACCUGUCUCUUAGAUGCUCUGUCAAUCCAACUCUUUUGAAAUCACCUUCAUGUGAUGUGGAUCCUGCAAGAAUGUCGGGUCCAUGUACAGCAUCUAGCUGCGCCGAGCCCUUCUGCAUUGAGCCCUCCUCUUGUCAAGUCUCAUGCUUUAGCCCUAGGUUUUUACCUGCUGCCGCAAAAGCAAGGAAGGCAAAAAAUGACGCUGCAUCUCAAGUCAGAUCAUUGCCACAGCUUGUGGCAGAGCCUAGCGACGCAAGGUCCAAUUCCUUUGUUGGGACCCACGAGUACUUGGCUCCUGAGAUCAUCAAAGGAGACGGUCAUGGUGCUGCAGUUGAUUGGUGGACGUUUGGUGUCUUUCUUUACGAGCUUCUAUAUGGCAGAACACCAUUUAAGGGUGCUACCAAUGAGGAAACAUUAGGCAAUGUGGUCUUGCAGAGCCUAAGAUUCCCUGACACCCCAAUUGUUAGCUUCCAUGCUAGGGAUCUCAUCAGAGCUCUGUUGGUAAAGGAGCCAGAGAAUCGGUUGGGCACGGAGAAAGGAGCUGGUGAGAUUAAGCAACAUCCGUUCUUUGAGGGUUUGAACUGGGCACUAAUCCGCUGUGCUAUUCCGCCGGAACUGCCUGAUUUUUGUGAUUUUGACGUUCCAGACAUGCCUGUUCAGGACGAUGACACCAAGUAUUUGGAGUUUAAAGCAACGGGAGGCCACCUAGAGUUUGAGUUAUUUUGAGACAGGAAUCACAAUUUUUCCCGGGAGAAGCUGUCUGCUUGUGUAUUACUUCUUGAAAGACUCUCCUCCUUCCCUGUUGUAACUCGAAUAUAAGCUUAUGUAAAUUUGGUAGAGUACGACUACUUUACUCUGGUAAAGUUCCAGUAAUGGCGCGUGUAUCAGAUUCCACAUUGAUAUGUCCAUUGUGAUUAUGCAUGAAAAUGAUUGGC